AUCCUGGUGAUCUACAUACAAUUUCAACUUUCAACAUCAAAAUAAUUCUCUUCUUCAUCUAAACCCUCCCAACAACAACACCACCACCACCGACAUCAUGCGUUUCGCCGUUAUCUUCACUCUCUUCGCCGCCGCCGUCACCGCACUGCCCGCAGCAGAUGUUCCUUAUUUUGGAAAUGUACGCACAAUUUUUUCACACAUUCUUAUCCUAACUCUGCCACAUACUAUGAUACCAGUCUACAAUAACUAACAGAAUUAAUAGGAGUGUACACCACAGCAAGCUAUUUCAUGCUCUACUAAGUGCGGAGGCGACUACAAGUCUUGCGCCUUUGGCGGUGACUGCCAAUGCAACCCUAAAUAAAUUGGCGUAGGAGGAAACGGGCUCGUCGUGGAGGAUGGGGGUUUAUGUAUUCUUAAUUUCUGCCUUCUCUUUUUGAACUCCUCGAUGGACGAACAGACCCGAAGUGAGAGGGAUAUGGGUUCUAUAUAUGGUACUAGCCACGACGCUUUGACUUCACGGCAAUUCAGUACAUUCACACUUCUCAUCAAAUCAGAACUUCUCUUUCUUCAUCGUGACUGUGAUACUUCUUUUUUAGUUAUAAUUUAAUAGCCUUCAAGGGACACUCUAAAAGAAGUACAGAAUACUAAUGAGCUGUAACAUAUACAUUGUUAUCGCAUAACUGACAGAGAUGAAGUGUUAAUUAUCUAUAAUGCUUAGCCUAGCCAAGGUGAGCUUUCCGCCUGGAAAUAAUAUAUGUACCACGGAGGCGAUAGGAGAAGUACUUAGGGUCAUGGUAAUAAAAUAAGAAGCGUGGGAGAAGAAUACAGUGAACAAGUCUUAAACACAUAAAGUAUUACGAGUUGCUCUGUCAAAAAUGCUAAAUUUUCCCGGGCCUAGAAAUGAUAGUACUAAUGAGUGAGUGAAGCCCUGGAAAUAAAGACAAUUAGUUUACAAGACAUACGUUGGAGAAAAUGAGAAACAGGUUAGUAUUAAUAUUGAGAAAUCUUAGUGUAUAUAGAACAGAUGAAUUAGAGUAAUAACCGUGGCCAUAACAAGAGUCUAGCUACAUAUAUCUGGGAAAUUGACCACCCUUAAGGAAAACAUGGUUUGGAGAUUUAUUAGAGUGCUCCUGUAUUCUGUUACCAUUCUCAGCGGCUUUCUUUGCAGGGUGACUCUAUAGUAACAAGUUGUGAGUAGAUCGAUCGCAUAUCCCACGCCAAUAUCCAUCGUGCCUGCGUAUUCUUCAUGCUCCCAGAAUAAUGCAUCUUGGUCACCAAGUGAGAGCUGGGAAACCAUGUGCUGCCCUCACUAGCCUUCAAGUCGUAAUCGGCUUCGAAAAUUUGCGAGCACAAAGAAAAGUCUAUGACUUUGCCAUACUAAUACCCAGACCUGGGUUCAUGGAAUAUUCCUCAAUCGAUUGGGACCAUAUUCCGACAUGCUUUUAGAACGUCAAGCUCAAACAUUUACUCUUGAUUUGUCUACUGGGAAAGCGUCAUACUCAAAUGUACUUUGUGCAAUAGCCACUGUAACUCAGAAGAGAGGGGGUGGCGGAAACUUGUCGAGGGGUCCUUCAAUCACGAUAUGUUUUGAGAGUGGUGCGGGAAUCGUCAUCAAAAUCGGCACUAGGAAGGACAUGGGCUUAGAAUUGCACAUCAAGAUAUACGAAGUACGUUCUUUAAGGUGGGAGCUCACUAUUCGUAUACCUCGAAGUAUGAUGCUGAAGCAAAAAUUCAAUAACAGGUAA